CCGACCGAGCACGUAUCGCGUAACCUGGAGAGAUGGCCUGGAUGCCUUUUUUCGUCGUGUACCGUUACCGUAGAAUAACUUAGGUAUCUACCAUCAUGGGACCACCACUUAUUUCACUUUGUCCCCAUCGUUCACCUGUUCGAUCGAACGUUACAAUCGGUGCUCUAUCAGCAGCAGAGUUAAAUAGGAAAGGAACUGGCUGAGUUUCUCUACGCGGAACCGUGAUUUCGUUCAGUCUUUCUUACGUGCUCAUUCGAAACGGGCGCACAAAUGUAACCGAACCCAACCAGGCGAACGGAUUAAGCCAGACGAAACGUAGGAGAUCUUGAAGAAUCACGCCGCUGUUCUGAAAUCGGCUAAUACUGAAAAUGAGAGCUACACUUGUUUUGGCGAUAGUUAUUACCGUUUGUUUCAAUGUCCACUAUGCUGAGAGCAAGUCGACAAAGUCGACCCAGAUGUUGUCUCUUCAAAGUAAAGAAACAAAUGUGGCCAAUUUCAUGAGAUUACUAGUUAUGAGGCUGGUCUUUGGAGUAGCAUCUGCGAUGGGUCUCGGAGAAAAUCUGUCUGACGUCCUCGGAGGGAUAUUUGUACCACCCGGAGCUGACGACUAUGACUAUGGCGGCGGUGACUAUUUCACGGAUUUGUUUUAACGCUGAUGUUCGUUCAGAUAUUAUUAUCAAACUCGUCAACUCGUCCGUUGCCAUGUCGAUCAAACAUAAUCAACACUGAGUUUUUUAUAUACAUCUAUCGACUAGAUAGGAGGAUAUAAAAAUUAGACAUAAUUAAACGGUUCAUCAUAACUACUAAAUCGUGUAACAGUUAUUUCAGUAUAGAACAAAGAAGAAGGCAAAAAUUAUUUUCUUUUUAUUCACUACAACACUUUUAUACUUUUGCACACGAACUUACAUUUAAUACACAAUUAAAUAAAAAUUUAAUUGAAAUAUUCUUAUUAAUUUGGUAGAUUCUUAAAAAUAGCACAAUUCCAAAUUUGGAUCCUAAAUUUACAUUUGCCGACUUUCCUUUAUGCUUUAAAUGUUAUGCAACACAUUUACGUUAAAUUACGUAGAUGCAAUUUAGAUAAUUAUUACUGUAACCACAAUUGAGCAUGGCAAAAUCAGCGCCGACAGUAACGAUCUAGUAUAAAUAUUUAAUUUGUAGACAAAACAAAUCGAUGCCAUUUGAAAAAAGUAAAAUAUUUAUCGGCGUACAUAAUAAUUGUGUUUAUUAAAGGAUUACUAAAUUCUGUAUUCCUGCGAAAAGUACCGAGGGUUAUUAAUGGAGUUUUUGCAAAAUAAUCGUGGUGGCGAAUAUUUAAAUGCGUUAGCUGGGUACAGUGUAGAUAAAAAUUCAUAGGUAUGCAUUUAUAGAUUUUCUAUCCUUUACUCUCUCCUUAAAGGAGACUUAUCGAGGGUAAAUGAGAUAAAAUCUCAACUCAGCAGUUUAAAUAAAUGCUGCAGAUCUGGGUUAAAUAUCGCUGUGACAACUAUCAACAUAAAAGAAAAAUUUUUCAUUUUUUAUUGUUACUAUGUAAAUCUAUAUUGUUUUCACAGCUGAUUGUUACACUGCUAAGGUUUCUUUGACGAUUAGAGACAUUUUCAGUAGUUAAACAUUACUAAAUAAAUCGUAUAGUACCCUUAGUAUAGCGACACUCGUUUCACCAACGAUGGAUAGAAACUGUAUUUUUUAGAAAUACUGGGAAGCGUUAUCGACGUGAAUAAUGAUUUUGAAUUCAAUACAACUAUUAUUUUUAUCGUAAAAUGUAAUUAGGCAGAGGACCCAUUGAUCACUCAUUACACGUAUUUACAAAUCAGAUUUAUUACAUUUUCGAAAAAUGAUGUACAUUUUUUAGUCCUUCGAUAUCGACUGCGUCAUUUAUUUAUUAGUUUGCAUUGACGACAAUGGGAACAUAUAUGUAAAAUGUGCAUAAUUGUAAUAAUUACGCGAAAACUAGUAAAUUAAAAUGCCCGAAUAGAACUUUAUCAGUAAGUUUCUUCUUAAGAUUUAUUUAUUUGUAAAUAACUAUUUAUAUUUAUUUAUUAUUUAUUUAUAUUACUAUAUGUGAAAUAAUGAAACAUUGUUACAUUGAAAAGCACCCGUAACUAUUUGUGAAAAAUGAGAUGUUACAAAUUGCUUUUUGUAUGUAUCAAAGCUUCGUCGAAAUAAACCAUAGUGUUCACUAUCUA